UCACACGUCAUUGGUAUAAUGUAAGAACAACAAUCGAAUAUCUAACCAGUGAUAUACUUCCCAGUUCUUUAGGAAAAUUUCAUUAGAUCUGAAGAAUCCAGAAAAAUCGUGUCUAGAAGAGUUAGAAGGAAGAUAUUUUUACGAAGAUUCGGGUAUUAUUUAUUGUUCAUCUUGUAUUUUAUAGAAUUGUGUUCUAUUAAAGUUAAUACCAAAUAAAUAUGGCUGAUACUACUACAGAUAAUGAAAAUACCAACAGUAAUGCUGGGACGAAUAAUACAGCUCCCCCACCUACUGGACCUCAAGGCACAUCAGUUAUUCAACACAUGAUGGCAAAUAAAGUUGAUGCAGGCUUGUGGUUAACCAGAUUAAUAACAGUUGUUUUCACCAUAUUGUUUAUUUUACCUUUAUUAGGGGGUGAUCCUUACAGUUUUUAUCAGAGAGCUUUAAUCAGCUGUGCUGCCUCUAGUGCUUUAAGAUUACAUCAGAGAAUUCCAAAUUUCCAGCUUAGUAGAGAAUUUCUAGGACGACUAUUUUUAGAAGAUAGUUGUCAUUAUUUGGUUUAUGCCAUUUUAUUUAUAAAUAUAUACCCUAUCACUAUGGCUUUGAUUCCAGCAUUUUUGUUUGCUCUUCUUCAUGCGUGUAGCUACACAAAAACCAUUUUAAAUUUAAUGGGACCACAGUCAAUGAUGUUUUUGCGUAAUAUGAUCGCCAAGUUAGAACAGCAACAACUUAAUGUACUCCGAUUUAUUGCCUGUAAUGAGAUCUUUUUAAUGCCAGCUAUUAUUAUACUGACCUUCACAGGAAAAGCUAGUUUAUUUAUGCCAUUUGUAUAUUAUCGUUUCUUAUCAAUGAGAUAUGCAUCCAGAAGAAACCCAUAUUGCAGGACAUUGUUUUCUGAAUUAAAACUAACCAUAGAAUAUUUGUGUGCGAAGCCCCAAUGUCCCGAAAUUGUUAAGACUGGGUUGUAUAAAUGUAUUGCCUUGGUUGCAAGACUGGCACCGCAACCUGAUACUGCUCAGUAAUCAUUUCCAUCAAGUAGGCAUGAAUGCGUCUAAAUCACCAAGACAUCAUUGUCACCAAAAUGUACAUUUAUACUAUCAUAUAUACACAUUGGGGGUGCUCAAUUGUCAGUCCGGAGUCUCGAAUUGACAGAAUUGCAAUCAAGUGAUACAGAAUUCAGCCAUGUCACAGUUCUGCCAGUCCCAACAGCUGAGGUGGUGUGAGUAGAAUCGUGAUGUAUUUUGAGUAACAAAUAUGUUUCAGCUGUCAUGAUUGGUUGAGAUAUUUUUUAUGCAGUCGGCACAUGCGUUGUAAUCCGAAAUUCUCCUUUUCACUCGAUUGACACUAUUUUUGGAAUUGAGAGAAUUUGAUUCCGGAACAUUCAAUUGAGUAUCCCCAAGGUGAUGUAACUAUCACUAGCUCCAUCUGAUUUUAGAAUUAUUAUAUAAGCACCAUAUAUUUGUGUAUGGUAGGAUUCUAUAAGACGUCUUGGUGAUCUAGACUAGCUAAAAUAUUGCCAUAUAAGGGUAUAAAAGCUUAGUAAAGUUUCAACUAUUGAUUGUACUGUGGUUGUGCUAAAGUAAGUACAGGUUUGGAAUUUAAGUGGCAGGAAUUUUUUUAACACCCACGUUUCAUUGUUGGAGGGUAUAUUGUUGUCGGUCAGUCCGUCCAAAAUUCUUGUAAACGCUCUACAGGUCAGAGAUUAUCAAAUUUAUUGGGAUUGUUCCGACAAGUCCUAGGGAGCAACCCUAUCGAAAUGCAGAGUUGUGCAAAAUGGUUGCUGAGUUACUGACCCUGAAAACGCUUUACAGGUCAUAGAUUAUCAAAUUUAUUGGGAUUGUUCCGACAAGUCCUAGGGAGCAACCCUAUCGAAACACAGAGUUGUGCAAAAAUUGCUUUCUGAAUGCUGAAUUACUGAGAUUAAUUUUUUAAACUUGCAGGGAUUGUUUGGGUAAUCAGUAGUCAAAAGUCAAAACCAUAUCAAAUUUUAUAGUUUCACAGUCAAUUAUAUACACCAAGUUAUUGCCCUUCUCACUUCAACUUUGUAAACGCUAUACAGGCCAAUUAUUCAUCUGGAGAAUUUAUGCUUGCGUUGUGCUUAAAUAUUCAACCGAGUUAUUGCCCCUGUCACGAAAGAGAAAUCCAUAAGAGUUCAUCAAUUCUAUGUGUAGUUAUUGCCCCUGUUCUGAUAACUAAAUAGCCAACUUUCAAAAUGUUGCUGAUGGUUGUAUAUUCGAAAUGUUUACCUUUAAAAAAAAAAAAAAUUUUAAUUACAGAAUUCACUUAUUCAGUGUUGUACAAAUUUUAGCAGCAUUUAAACAGUAUAAUUUUAUCAAUCUUUGACACUAGAAAAUUGUAAGAUCGGGCAAAUGUCAAUGAAAGUUUUUUUAACUGUCAAAAAUGAGAUAGUUGUCAAACAACAUACUGAUCAGCAGUGAAUAAUCGCUAGGCUGCUACAGUCACUGAUAAGGAUGACAUUGAUGCAACAUAAUGGGCCCCAAAUAUUAACUUUUUUCCUCCGUCAAAUUAAAUUCUAAAAAAAAAAUUUAUGUAUUAGAAAAAUAAAGACGUUUGAAGUAUAUGUAGGUAAAAAUUAUUUCCUAUUUAGUGUAAAUGUGUAUUAAAAUGAGUAAAAGGCAGCAUUCUGCCUGAACCAGUAACGUCGUAUGUAAACAAUGCACACGCCAUUGAGCCAAUGAUUGACACCAAGUGAUGCGAUGUCACGUGUUGAAGACAGUCAUCUUUUACAGAGAUAUUAGAAGACUUUAGUAAUCCUCUGUGAAACAGAUUGGUCAAACAACAUAUUAGCAUAAAGGAUUUUAUUUCAGUUUGAUUAAAAUGUACAUUAAAUUAUUGGACUGAACUUACCAGUCUUGGCAUCUAUCAGGAUUUAUAGACAUUGAUCAGGAUCUCUUCUGAUAUUGGAUAAAUAAUUAUUGUUUAUUUAUAAUUUUGUACAUGUAGUUCUAUAUUAGAUGUGUGUAUAUAUUGAAUGGUAUUUUUAAGAAUAAUAAAAACUCUUAAAUAAUAUGUUAAAACAGAGCUGUCUAUCAAAGUUAUCACUUGCAUAAUGUUUUUUAAUGAUAUUUUUUCGAAGAUUUGAGUUAAAUAUUGUCGUGCAAUGAUGAAUGAAUAAAACUGGUAUUUAUGUAGAUCUUGUGAACAUGUGAGUUUGCUUUUCAUCAUCAUUUUUUUAAAUUUUCACAUUUUAAAAAUUCCCUUUUUCCAAUCCUUCAUAUUCACUGCAUUUUAGGAAUGUUUUUUUUUUGUUUGUUUGUACAAACUAAUAUUAUAGUUACUUGUACAUCACGAGGCAUAAAUUACAUGGACUACUUUUUAAAACUAUAAUCUUCUUUACUUAAAUAUGGUAUGUUUGAUAAUCUGGACUGAUAUGGUCUUUUCUUUACAAGCCACUGUCUCCGGUAAGACACCAUAUGUUUGACGAAAUACUCAUUAAAAUACACAUCUAUAUUUCGUUUCGUUUUUUUAUACUUUCGAUGGCCUACACUACAUGAAGAUCUGACCGGUUGUAGUGGAAGGUCGCAUCAGGGGUCAUACGAGUGGCUUUUGACCCUUUGAUUAACCAGUCAGCAUUGAUGUUUCUAGUGGGUUCCCACAGUUCCCUGCACCUCACACCAAAAUCCGUCUGUAACAGACCUUUUCAUUGGCUAAUCCUUCACAUCAUCUAAAAGGCGGGUUAUAUAACAACUCUUCUAGAUCCUAGUGUAGUAAUGACAAAUAGAACGAAAUUUUGAACUAUAAAAAACAAAACAAAAUAGGAUCUGUGUUGUAAUCAGAUUGUAUUUGUGUCAAGGUAUGUUCCAGAUUACAAGAAGUAGAAUGUCAGAUGAUUGUUUACAAAGUAUUUUUGGAUGGAAAUAUAUAAAACAUUUAAUUGUAUGUGAGCACUGACUUCAUCUUUCAAGACAUGUAGUUUUUUCAUAGAUAGAUAUCAUUUGUAUGUAUGUAAUAAUUAUGGUGGAAUAAAUGUGAUUUUAAAAAUAUAAA